GUCUCAUUCCUAGAUCAGAUCACCAGUCUUCUAGUGUCUCAGCUAAGUGCCACAAGAAAAUCUGUUUCCGUCAAGCUGUAUUUGUCAAAGAAAAGAUAGAACCAAAGUCUCAAGUUCUAUUUGUCAAAGAAAAGAUAGAACCAAAGUCUCAAGUUGUAUUUGUCAAAGAAAAGAUAGAACCAAAGUCUCCAGUUGUAUUUGUCAAAGAAAAGAUAGAACCAAAGUCUCAAGUUGUAUUUGUCAAAGAAAAGAUAGAACCAAAGUCUCAAGUUGUAUUUGUCAAAGAAAAGAUAGAACCAAAGUCUCAAGUUGUAUUUGUCAAAGAAAAGAUAGAACCAAAGUCUCAAGUUGUAUUUGUCAAAGAAAAGAUAGAACCAAACUCUCCAGUUGUAUUUGUCAAAGAAAAGAUAGAACCAAACUCUCCAGUUGUAUUUGUCAAAGAAAAGAUAGAACCAAACUCUCCAGUUGUAUUUGUCAAAGAAAAGAUAGAACCAAACUCUCCAGUUGUAUUUGUCAAAGAAAAGAUAGAACCAAACUCUCCAGUUGUAUUUGUCAAAGAAAAGAUAGAACCAAACUCUCCAGUUGUAUUUGUCAAAGAAAAGAUAGAACCAAACUCUCCAGUUGUAUUUGUCAAAGAAAAGAUAGAACCAAACUCUCCAGUUGUAUUUGUCAAAGAAAAGAUAGAACCAAACUCUCCAGUUGUAUUUGUCAAAGAAAAGAUAGAACCAAACUCUCCAGUUGUAUUUGUCAAAGAAAAGAUAGAACCAAACUCUCCAGUUGUAUUUGUCAAAGAAAAGAUAGAACCAAAGUCUCCAGUUGUAUUUGUCAAAGAAAAGAUAGAACCAAACUCUCCAGUUGUAUUUGUCAAAGAAAAGAUAGAACCAAAGUCUCCAGUUGUAUUCCGACACGUAAUGGGAAACUGUUUGGAGAUAUACAAAGUAACACUCAGGAACACGCCUGGAAUUUACGGGCCCCCAUCACAGGAGGAGAAAAAGGCGUUUCCAAUGAUGAACCACCAUCAAGACAGGAAGCCAAUGGGUCUAAGAGAGGGCCUAGCAAGGAAAAGACUUUGUGACGACAUUAGACCCCCAUCAGAGUCACAGCUGAAAGCGUUGGAGGAAAGUUUGAGAAAUCUUGAAGGCAUGAAUAGCCCCUCGGGCCUUGGGACGACAACCACCGUUGUUUUUUCCGUGAACAACCAUGUCGGUCAUUUGGCCAGUGCUCUGAACAUUUUUCAGGAAAAUAAUAUCAAUGUGGUGCACAUAGAAUCCAGGAAGUCCAGGAGAUCGGAUGCCCUCUUCGACAUCUACGUAGACUUUGAGACAGACCACAUCCGCUUGGAGGAACUUGUGAACCGGCUGAAGCGGGAAGUGGCUAGCCUAACCUUUAACCAGCUCAACAUUCCCAUGACCCCUCCAGCCUUGACCAAGAAAGCAUGUCUAGAGCUUGUCCCAUGGUUUCCAAAGAAAGUUUCAGAACUGGACCAAGCGGCCAUCAACGUUCUGAUGUACGGCAGUGAGCUGGAUGCAGAUCAUCCGGGCUUUAAAGAUACAGUAUACAGACAGAGAAGGAAGUUUUACACUGAUCUUGCCAUGCAGUAUACACAUGGUACGGACAUUCCAGUCAUUGAGUACACCAAAGAAGAAGUGGAGACUUGGGGCACAGUGUUCAGAGAACUGAUGAAAUUAUACCCAACUCACGCUUGCAGAGAAUACCUGGCCAACAUUCCUUUACUGGUGGAACACUGCGGUUACAGAGAAGAUAAUGUACCACAGCUUGCAGACGUGUCCAGAUUUUUAAAAGAAAGAACUGGAUUUACUUUAAGACCAGUGGCCGGAUAUUUAUCCUCUCGUGAUUUUCUGGCCGGAUUGGCUUUUCGAGUAUUUCACUGUACCCAGUAUAUACGUCAUAGAUCAGACCCUUUCUAUACACCAGAGCCAGACUGUUGUCAUGAACUUAUGGGGCACAUGCCUCUCCUGGCUGACCCAUCGUUUGCCCAGUUCAGCCAAGAGAUCGGUUUGGCAUCACUUGGUGCUUCGGACAAUGAUAUAGCCAAAUUGUCCACUUGCUACUUUUUCUCGGUGGAGUUUGGCUUGUGUAAACAAGACAAUGAACUUCGAGCUUAUGGAGCUGGACUGUUGUCAUCAAUUAGCGAGCUGGCGCAUGCACUGAGUGACAAGGCAGUGAAGAAAGUAUUUGAGCCUCUACACAUGUGUACUCAGGAAUGUCUCAUCACAACAUUUCAAGAUGUCUACUUCUAUACUGACAGCUUUGAGGAGGCCAAAGAGAAAAUGAGACAGUUUGCAUCGACCAUCAAAAGACCUUUUGCUGUCCGCUACAACCCGUACACAGAGUCCGUUGAUGUCCUAGAUAGCACCAGAUGUAUAGCCAGCGUGGUCAGUGAGCUGAAGGGUGACCUCUGUAUUGUCAGCGACGCCCUGAAACGUCUCCAGUUGAUUGAGAAUUUCAGGUUCCAGGAAAGCCACAAGCAAGGCUCACCCCAAUCUUUGACGGACAUAUGCAAAGAGGAAGUUAAUUCGUUACAAAUAAAAAAUUGAAAGUAGACCCUCACAUUGAACGAAACAAAACCAUUUUAUACUAAUAUAAUAUAUUGAGAAAUGAUAAGAUGGUUUCAGAAACGCAAUUCUAAAUCUAUAUCUUCUUUCGUUUUUCAGUUACCAAAGCUCGUGUCAACAUAUCUUAAUACUAAAUGUAUUUUUUUUUCUGUUUCUGUUAAAAAAUUGUCUCUUUUUAUUUAUAUUAUGAUGGAACCUUAAAAUAUUUUUAUCCAGAAUACAUCAUAAAAUGAUGAGCAUUAUGUGGGAGAACAGGUCUCUAGGUUUUAUUUGUGACAGGCAUCACACACACACACACACACACACCUAAAACUUAUGUCCAACUCUUUAUUAGCUAAAACAACUACUAUUUGCAGCCUAAUUACUAGAUGAAUGAAUGACCUGGUAUAUUUAGUCAAUGAUGGGAUAUUAAACCAAAGGUUUAAUAAAGGUGCUCAUGGUCCUCUAUGUCAUCUGGUGAAGGGCUCGUGCAGCGGGGAUGGGAAGCCCCAAGAACCAAACGUUUUAUGACAUGUCUAAGCUUCAGAAAUUCUUUUUCCCGCAGUCUACAACUAAUUCUCCAGACCAUAAGAUCGCAGCUAGAUUCAAGAAUUCUACAAGUGAAGAUGCAUUGUAACAUUUUCUUUAAAAGAAUCUUUUCGCUAAAGUCUCUCGUGAAAAAGAAAGUCUCUACUUACAAGAUGAAACGACGUCACUUGAUUUAAUAAUUGAAUUUCUUGAACGUAGGUCAUAAUUUUGUUUUUAGUUGGGUUUUUAUUACAAAGUAAAGUUUUGUUUUGUUUUGUUUUUGUCUUCACCUUCCCUCUUUCCAUUUUGUCGGCACACAUUUUUUUUUAGUUUUUUUUUUAGAUUUGAUGAAAGAUAACCAAAAUUAUUCCUAGCUAAAACUAAAUGUAAAUGUAGAUCAAACGUGCACAAGCAAGAUAGGGAAUGUAACCCGUGUGUUACUUCUGUUUUGUUUUAAAGUUGUCUGCUUUUGAACUCUUUUGUUUUUCACUUUGGCGUUACCCCGUGAUGGGUGUCACUCGGUACCUCCACAUCGCACACACUCCCCUAGUGACGCCACUGCAACUUCUAUUAUCACAAGUCCUGAGAUUUUGUUUGACUAUUUGUUUCUCAAGGUGUGCAGACCUUUUUUUGUCUUCAACUUCUAUUAAAAAAACAACAGAUGAUUGCUGAUUUCAGCAACAACGUACAACUUUCAUAACAACUUGCAACUUUCAUAACAGCAUACAACUUUCAUAACAACAAACGAGUGUCGCUAUUAUUUUAGUGGGAAAGAUACAUUCCACUGAGCUUAGAAAACAGCAAAUAAAAUAGAUGAGACCAACUGUAGAGACAGCCGGGGCGGUACGGGGAAUUUAUAUUUCUUUUGUGUUUCUAAUUGUAUGACUCUUUUGUUUUUCUUCUUUGUAAUUUUUUGUUGAGCAAACUCACUUAUGUACAUAUCAGGGAAGAGAUUUUAAAAUUCAAAGUAUUUCAAGAAUAGUUUCAACUAGUUGAUCGUCGUAACUCGAACAUGUGUUUUGUUAGUUGUUUUUUUUUUUUUUUCACAUCUCAAAAGAUUGACACGGUGAUUGGACUCUUUGAAUUGGAAACACUCAACUGUACGAGGCACUAUAAACUACAUACACUAGUGUUAAGCAUCUCCCAUAGAGAUAGACUUGAAUGUCCCAUUUCUUUCUUCGCACUCGACUUAGGUUUGUAUCACGUGACUGGCACGUCAGUAGAGCUAAAUGUCGACCUUCGUUUAAUGUCCAUUCGCUGGCCAUUUCUCUACCCAAUUCCUUGGAUUUCUAAACUUUUCAGUCAAGGGAAACGUCUUAGACUAGUUAAAUCUAGUCCAUAUCUAGUCCAUACUAUAGUGGGAAUGUUUGACAAUCGCAAGUUUACUGAUGUCUAUUCUGAAAGUCCAACAGUUCGAUGUCUAGUCUAAAUCCAAACUUUUUGAUUUCUCUUCUAGUUUUAAUUACUUCAUUAAUUACAUAAAAUAAAUCUUAAACCUUUCUCCACACAUUCUAUACUUCAUCUCCAACAGUGCCAAAUGAUUUCGAUGUAACAAAGUAGGAAUAAGAACAGAAAAUAAAACUCUAUUUAAAUAACA